CAGCGCACCGCGGGACCUCUACCUUUACCGGAAACCACAAACUCUCUAGGAGACAGUUAUGGAGCUGAUGGGAUCCACUCUGACUGCUACUUACGCCCGGCCAAAAACCAGUCACUUCCUCCCUGCCAUCUCCACCAUGGCGGCCAGUUACCGUGGCACCCAGCCCGCUUUACCCAUGAGCGCUAGUGCCAACCAGUGGAGGACCAGCAGCUACUACAAGAGCAACGGCCCCCUCCCCUCGACGCUAUCCAUCCAACGGGACAAUCUAGACUUAGUCCGGGCCAAAACAAUGUUCUACCCGUCCAACAGAACAGCCCUGACAACUAGAUACACUCCUGAAGACUGGUAUAAAUCCAACCACAGCAACUACAGAGAGUCGGAAUCGUCACGGAAAAGUGCAGAGAGGUUAAGGCAAGAUACGAUUCGGCUCAUGCAGGAUAAGGAUCAGCUGACCAGGAGGACACAGGAAACUACGAGUAAAAAUCUUGGAGAGAGAGUGAGCGAUAUUGUCUUCUGGAAGUCUGAGCUGAGCCAUGAGAUCGAUAACAUGGUGACAGAGAUAGCAGCUCUCAGCGAGGUCAAGAGGAGGCUGGAGAGAGCGCUGGCCGAGACGGAGGGGCCACUUCAGGUGUCUCAAGAGUGUUUGUACCACAGAGAGAAGCGGAUGUCCAUUGAUCUAGUGCAUGACCACGUGGAGAAAGACCUAAUUAAGGAAGUGGAGGUGAUCAAAUCGUGCCAGGAGAGGAUGAGGAGGUAUCUGGAGAGAGCGGUGGCACAAUUGGCGUCUAAUCGAGCAGCGCAACAUGAGCUGGAGCGAGACAUGAGCGAUAAAGUGACAGCUCAGAGGAUCGACGACCGGUGUCACCACUUGAGAAACACGUCCAAUGGGAUCGGAUACUACAGGGGCAUCGAGAGACUGGACCCUUCACUUUCUCUUCCCGACACCUGGUCCAAAUUCACGGAUGACAACAUUUUGCAUUCCCAGAGCGAACGCGCCGCCUCCCACAAACUCCGGGAUGAGAUUGAACUCUUGCUCAACACGACGUCCAACGAGAUGUGGCACCAGUUCAACAACGUCAACGUGUCUUUUACCAACCGCAUCUCCGAGACCUCGGAUGCCAAGAACAGUCUGCAGACGCACCUGGCCAAGACCCUUCAGGAGAUCUUCCAGACUGAGAUGCUGAUCGAGUCUCUGAAAAAGGCCCUCAGAGACAAAGAGUGUCCGCUCAAAGUGGCCCAAACUCGGCUGGAGGAGCGGACCAGACGCCCCAACGUGGAGCUGUGCCGGGACAACCCACACCACAGACUGGUGGGUGAGGUUAAAGAGAUCGAGGACACCAUUUACAAACUGCAGGAGCGUCUGAUGGAAGCGGAGAACACACUGCAGACCCUGGUGAAGACUAAAGUGACUCUGGAACACGACCUUUCCGUCAAAGCCAACUCCUUGUUUCUGGACCAAGAGAAGUGUAUGAGCAUCCGCAAGAGUUUUCCCAGCAUGCCGCGGCUGGUCGGGUACACAUAACAACCGCCCUCUGAGGAA